ACAGAGGAAAGGCGGAACCAAUGUGAGGAGGGCGGCAAAGAGGAGGGAAAUUUAAAAAGUGCGGACUGUGUGUCGGUGACAGCACAACUGAGUGGCUCGAAGAAAUCAGUCGGCUUGCAUCAUAAAAACCAAGCAGUCGGAUAAUAUUACUACUUUAUCUAAACAUAUGCUUCUUGUGUAGGGACUAGACACCUCGAUGUCAUCAAAUGGAGACUUAUCACGACCAGACCUUGGACUCCCCCUCCAAAAACAGUUACAUUGGGAGCUAUUACCAGCCUCCAGAUCGGAUGCUACCAAUAGCAAGACAGCUGGAGUUUCUGGCUCCCUCAUCAAUCUGCAUGGACCAACAUAUAACCAGCCCUCGAGGGUCUCAGACCAAAGCUAAUAUUGACAGCAUAGCUGUUGUUGAUGCACUGAAGACCCUCCAGGAGAAAAUCAGGCGUUUGGAGCUGGAGAGGAAGCAAGCGGAAAAGAGCUGUAGUCAAUUUUCCCACGAUGUUAAGAAGCAUCAACAGGUCACAGCAUCUCACACAGUGCCCAGUCAACCAGCAGCAAGUGUGCCUGAGACAGACAGCUUAGGCAGGAAAGAGUUGGACUCAAAGCUGCAGUCUGCAGAGGCUCGGUGUAAGGUUCUUGAGAAGCAGCUGGACUACAUGAGGAGGAUGGUUGAAAAUGCUAAGACGGAGAGAAAUGCACUAAUGGAGAAUCAGGCUUCACUGCAGAAACAGCGGCCAAGCAGCUCAAACUCCCAAUCUCAGCGUGAGAAGCUGGAGAAACUAGAAUCAGAGUGUCUUAAAUUGAGUCGGACCCAAGCUUUGGCAGAGACAAAGCUUGCCAUUUUGGAACAAAAACUACUGAAAGAAGAGCAUGAGCGUAAACUUGUGCAGGAGAAAGCAGAGGAGCUGCAGAAGGAAUUGAACAUCAACUUUCAGUUGUCUCUGCUUAAAACCGAAGAAAUAAAGCCAAAGAAGAAAACCAAAAAGACCACCAAGAAAACCUCCAGACAGAAAGAGCUGGCAUCACCAAGCAGCCCAAGGCACAAAAUAAUGCCCUUUGUUGCAGGAACGUCGACCAGCCCGAGCCACUCAGUCCACGCCAAUAUACAGAGUAUACUUCACAUGAUGAAGCACCAUCAGCCCCAGCUGUGUGAGCGAGUGAGCGCCAUGCACAGGUCUGGUUGUGCAGCCAAGAAAAGCCUCCAAAGGGACUUUUCUCCACCUUCCACCACCUGUAACAAGCCUGACAGGGACCCCCAACGAGUGGAGGAGUCACUGGGCUCACUGUCUGACCUGCUGCUCGCUCUGCAGGACGAGCUAGGACAAAUGAGCUUUGAGCAUCAGGAGCUAGAGCAUCAGAUAGAUGAGAUGCAACAUCGCGAGCAGAAACAGGACCUGCAGAGAGAACUGGAGAGGCUGGUCGCCAGGAUGGAGGAGAAGGGAGCUCAGAUCACUAAACUCCGCAAACACCAAAAGACGGUCCAUAAACUGACCCAUCCUGGGGCUGAGGAUCCUAAAACCAUUAAGCCAAGCAGCAUCAAGCCUCCUGUUCCCUCUCCUGUGAAGGCUCCGAAGAAAGGAAAGAGAAGUGGGACCACGAACAACAACCUGCAGCUUCUCAGAGAAACCCAAAAGUUCAGAAACAAAUUAAAACAGGAUGACCUCCGCUGGGAAACAUGAGGCUCUCUGAGAGACCUUUCAGUGUGCGGGCUUUGAUGCUACAGCUGGAUGGACCACAACACUACCCAUGGUUCCUUGUGGUCUGCUUUUCCUUCUCUUCAAAUGGCCUUUAGGAUAUUUUUAGUAACAACUGAGAAGAGGGAAUAAAGUGUUUUGGGAUUUCACACAGGACUUGAUAAUAUGUUUCUCAUUAAACCUGUUAAACAAUGGGUGAUGGACUUGAAUGACGUAAGGCUCAUAUGAGUAGAUAGUUUAUAAAUCAUGACCAGGAUAUCUCCAAUGAAGCUGGAGUAAUCUCUUUUAAUUUUUAAUAAAGCUUAUUAUCUCUAUUCUAAGUACAUUUUUGUUCACAUGUUCAUUCUGCCAACACAAAUGUUUUUCUAUAACGACUUCAUUGCUUUAACUUCACACUGAAAACCACUAGGUGGCAGUGCUCAGCCUAUGUCAAAGUUACACAUGUGAGGGCUUUUACACCCCACUGUACAGUUUCAUGUAUAAUAAAGCAACUUAAGAAUG